AUGAGUAAAGGGAUAGGAGCACACCUUGACAAGGCUGUUAAAUAGAAAAUCUAUCAAUAGAGAGCCAACAAAUACAAUUCUGAAUUUGAUAAAUUGGAGGAAUAAGGACAUGAUCCAGAUAAAAUCCCUGCAAUAUUGGCUGAGGAGGAAUACUAGAAACGACAUGCCAAUGAUCCACAAGAACCACUACCUUUUGAGCGCAGUGAUAAAGUAUUGCCGAUAACUGGGUCAACUCAUCUGGGAUUUGAUAAAGCUCAUACGAAUCUGUCUGCAACCAAAUAGAUGAUGUAGAUUUAGGAUUAGAAAAUGCAAAAAAUAAAAACAAUAAAAUAGCAAGGAGGAAAAUUGCCUGUCGAUGAGGUUCAUAGGGCAUAAAAGGAACAUGAGAGAAACAUGAAGGCACGUAUCCAAUAUGAUCAUAUUAAUGAUUUACAUCAAAUGUAAUAAUCGGAUCCAAAUGCCAAGAAGUCCUCCUAUUAAUAACAUCAUGUGUUUACAAAAUACAUGUAAGAUGAAUGCGAUCAUCAGAACUUCGAUUACCAUUAGAUGAAGAAUGACUUAAAACAAUACCAUGAGGCUUUUGUUAUAUGCCAAAAAACACUAAGAAAAUGAAUUAUUCAUCAUAUUAAUUAUUUUUAUAAUGGUUUU